AUGUAUACCGUAGUUUUGGUAACUUGGUGUCUACGCAAGGCAGCAAUGUCUUUACAAGUUUCACGUGGAAACACACUCCUUUUGAGCUCAAAAAGUCGUCAAUUAAGUAUGGACGAAACAAAGCAAGUACCAGUGAGCUUAGAUUCAGAGUCGGAGGACGAUUUUGACGAUUUUAAUGAGUACACAGAGAAGCAUGACUCGGAGCCAAACGAAGAACACGAUGAAGACGAUGAUAUAGAUCAAGACUUUGGACCUGUUGACCAGUCCAUGAAUGUCUCUUUCACAAAGAAUAUAAUAAAUCUCGAUAGCUCGUCACUUGAGGACUCUGAUGAUUUCAACUCAAAGCUAAAUUUAUUGUUGAAUGAACUAUUUCCAGAGCCCUCUAGCAGCUCUAAGGAACAGCAAAAGCAAAAGAAAAACCCUAUACUCACUGAAAAGUCGGAAGCCAUUUAUGGGAACAUUUCCGAGUUGCCACGCUUAAAACCUCCCAACUGGAUUAAGCUGAAGAUAAGGAGAAACCUUUUAAUAAAGCUAGGAGUGCCUGUGAAUUUAGAUGAGGUGUUGGACACAACCAAGAGCGAACAAUCUCACAACGACGUCGCCAAAACGCUGAGUUCGGCACUGGCCCAGUUACUAGAGAAACCAGUCGCUAGACAUAGGAGAUCAUCUCUGGUGUCUGAGCUUGACAUCAAGUGGGACGAAUUCACCAUUCCUAAGUUCCAAGAUCUUCAAAUAAACUCGGAGCAGGAGCAAUAUUUGCUCAACGACACAUCAGCUCAAUUGGCUAAGAUUGAAAUAGAAAACUUGGACCACUCGUCCAUAGAGAAGCUACUUGCCGGUUCGGAAGAUGAUAUAGACCAGCUUUUGGCAAAAUAUGAAACAAAUCAUGCAAAGCUUAUAGAAUUGAGCAGCUUAUGGCAAAACCAGUUGAACGAACUAAAGAAGGACUACGAGAUAUUCGAGUCCGUGGUGCAGAAUCUCGUAGGGCACACUCAAAGGUUGAAAAGAGAGGAGAUAAUGGCAAACUUAAACAAGAUCAAGCUAUCCAAGAAGAAGUCACAUCGAGUAAAGUAG